AUGGCCGAUUCAUCAAGGGCAUCCAGUACCGCACCGAGGUCCUCGUCUGCCGUGACGCCAGCUGGUGUCGACAAUCCCACCGCAGCGCGACCGAGAAACAGAAGGCCACCUGCUGGCGACAAUGCAACCAAGGCUUCCGGCCUGACACCCAGCGAGAGUCCUGCCACGAGUCGAGGGGUAAGCCCCAUGCCAGCGCCGCGCCUUACAAGCAACAACAAGUUUCAGACAAGCGGCCGGUCGAGCCCAUCCAAUGCCUUCUCACGUGGGCUACUCGAAGGCUCUUGGGCCCCGAGCUGGGCCUCGGUGCAGGACUUCGCUUCUUCUCUACUCGAGGGCGGAUACAAUAGCGAGCCUUCGCGCCCGAACAGCAGGAACGGGAGCAAGCCCCGGCAAAAGUCAAUAUGGAAAGGGUUUGGAGUCAGCAAUACGAACAGUCGCAAAUUACCAGACACAUGGGGUCCGGUGCCAUCCUCCAAGACACGCACGUCACAGGUAGACAUCGCCGCAGGAUCGCUCGCCGAGAGGGAAGCACAGCUGAAGGCUAGGAAGACCGCCAGCGUCCUAGAGAGCCACGAAGGCGUGAAUGGGGGCUUGGACAUUACUGGCAAAUUCAAACGCAGGAAUUCAGACGAGAAUCUACGGAGCGCCAGUCAACCAGUGGUCGAAGAGCACCUGGUCUACCUACACCAUGUGCAACCUACCGACACCUACGCCGGCAUCAUUCUCCGGUACAGAUGUAUGGAGCACGCCUUUCGCAAGAUCAACGGCUUGUGGUCCAGGGAUAAUAUCCAGGUCCGAAGACAGCUGUUGAUACCGGUCGAUGCAUGCGAGACAAAGGGGCGGCCAUGUGAGCCCCCAUCGAAUUAUUCCCAGAAGGUCGACCACCUCGCAGCUACACCACAACCACGGCUGGACGUUGCAGGGGGCGCAGCUUCCUCUCCAGGCUCGCAGCAGCCACUCCAUGAUGAUUACUUUGGAUCUCUGAAUGGGAAGUCUGCCGAACAGCCCAGACAACCUGAUGACGACCAACCUUGGACACAUGUGAGAUGGGUCAAACUCGAUUCACUGAUAGAGCCAGUUGAGAUUGUAAGAGUCAAACGAAAUGCGGUAGGGUACUUCCCACCUAGGAGAAAGAAGAGCAUUCACACCGUCUCUGUCUUCUCGACCCCACGCCAUUCUCUCGAUUUAUCGAAGCCCAUCACAAACACAUCCGAGGCUGUGGAAAGCCCUGGGAGGCUCUCAUCUAGACGGCAGAGCUCUAUAAGCGCACGACCCACGGCUGCGAGCCUAGCGAGCUCUCCAUCUGCUAGAAGCAGAGUCAACAGCUUAGGGCCGGCUGACGGCGUUCCAGCGUGGAUGCGGAGACCGGGAGGCGUAGGGUCGAUGGGCAAGAGCGUCAAAGCGCCAGGACCAGCUAAGGACUACUUCAACACAUGGGUGAACAAAACGAUACCUGGCUUCAACAUCGACUCGAUGCCGUCAAUGUCGGUCAUGGGUUCCGAAUCGGCCCACUUCGGCUUCAACAAGAACAAGAACAGCCCCGAUGAGAACUCUGGGAUUGUCGAAAGCCCCUUUGAGGAAGGGCGUGACGUAGCGGCAACGGCGCAGAACGGAAUGGGUCUCGAGCAAGCUGCAGCAUCCGUCGAAUCGUGGUUGCGCGGCGCUUGGGCGAAAACACCGGUCACGCCGAAACUGGGCUCUCACAAGAAAGGAGCAGACGACUCGGAUCUCAUAGAACUAACGGACACUAACAGUGACGACGGGCGCUUGAGCACGCUCGGAAGAUCUCCCGAAGCUGGCCUGCUGAACCCGAGUUUGCAUGGCACGACUGGGCGAAGCGACGGCGAGGGAUUAGUUCGAGGCCGGUCGCUAGGUCCAGCAGGGGCUGCUAAGGGGAAGAAGGCGGACUGA